AUGGCAAAGGUAGCAAGGCCAGUAAAGCCUAUGGAGCCAGACAAGCUGGACGAGUAUGUGGCGCAUGUGUCGUUCGAUGACUUGACACCUGGAUUCGUGGAUUCGCGGAUCCGGCUGGCGCAACAGCUCGAAGAGGAAGGCAUUGCGUUUGCCAACCCGUUUUUGCAGGUUCCUGGACAGGCCAAGACCAAAUCGGAAGAGUCGUCGCGCAGGAGCACGCCUAGCCUGGAUCUGUACCACGCGUCGCGAUCGUCGCGCGGGUCCAGCACGAAUGCCAUGGAUGCCAUUGCAGGCGCCAGUAUGAACGGGGGCCUCAGAUCCCCCAAAUCCGAGGCGUUGCGCAGCUCAGGCACGCCGUCGCCACCGAUGUCCACCAGCGGUCAGCGCUCAAUUCUCCGCAAGCCGGAUCACCUGCACCAGCAAUCACUACACGACAUCGAAGAUUUCGACUUGAUGGACUUAGACCCGCACAAAGAUCACCAGAUCGACUCAAUGACCAACCGCAACACCCAGGAGAACUCCGGCUGUCCUCGUGGGUACACCACUUCUGCUUUUUCAAAUCUGAAUGAAGUCGAGGACAAAAUCAUGCGCAAGGAAUACAGCGUCAAAUCGGCAUCCUCUGGUGGUAGCGGUGGGCGCAAGAAAAGUUUUGCCGGGAUGAGCGACGCAGAACUUCUGGCUCUCGAGAAAAAAUACGAAGCGGGUUCUCGCACCAAUUACAAAGUCGAGCAAUUUGAUUUCGGCGAACAGGCACAACUAUACAUCGAGCCCGAGGGCAACCGGCCCGUGGGGCCUACAAACCAAUGGCCGCAAACAAUAUAUCCUUCAAGGCCGUGCGUGAAUCAUCAUGCUUUGACUGUGACCAAAGUUCAUCGAGAUUUUUUAACUUAUGUCAUGGAGCAUCGUUACCACGAUGAUAGAGAGUCUCUCAGAACCAUUCUAUGUGCCAUUUCGGGAAGACGACACACCUGGUCUGCGAUAGACUGGUAUGUGGAGAACUUGGCUCGAGAUGGCGACCAUUUGGUAAUCGCCACGCGAAUUCCUCUUUUCGAGGAUUCCGACGUAGAUGGCGGAAGUUCGGCACCUCCAAGUUCCUUUUUAGAUGAUUUUGACUUCAAAAACGACAAAUCCAUGAGUCGGUCCUUGAGCCGCAGAUCAAGUGCUACUGGGCGGGUAUUGGCAGCACAAGACAUAGAUUUUCUGGCGCGGGUCAAAUGUAAUGCGAUCCUCGACUAUUAUCUUGAGAAACUCAAUGGGAAACGUUUAAAGGUCACCGUCGAGCUCAUCAAAAAUGACUCCACCACAUAUGCCUUGACAUCUGCCAUUGCUCUUUACAAACCAGACUUUAAAAUUAUUAGUACUGUAAGCACAAACUUGCAUAUUAAGUUCAGAAAUGGGCAUGUCAAGCUUCCGAAUUUUGUGAUGCGACACUUUUGGGUCCCCACAUACGUGAUCCCCUAUGAGUUUAUCGAUCCCGCUUUGCUAGGUGAGAAGACGGAGACUCCUCGAAAAGCUGCUAAUUUCAGCACCAACAUGUCAGAUGCGCAAGUGAUGCGGAGCAUCGACAGAGUAAUCACAAGAACACUUACAAAUCCCUAUGGACCGAGAGACCAACCUGCCAAAUGCGGACCUGAUGCAGACGUCGCCAGUGUGGAUUCUUACUUUCCCAUGGACCCAGAGACAAAGCGUAAAAUGGAAGAAUUUGAGAGCGUAGGGUACUUGAGGCCCGUUCCGUCCCGCAGAAAUUGUAAUCUGUCGAAGCAGACCUCUUUCGCGAGCUCUAAAUCUAGCAGACGAAGCUCCCGUGUACAGUUUUCCGGUGCUGACAGCGGCGGAGUGUAUAAAGUCAAAUCUCUUAUAGACUAUGACGAUAAAGAUGGAGGAGCGGCACGGAAAACAAGGUCCAGUGUCUCCACCCAAAGCAAUGGUAAAUCAUCUGUGAAAAAGAGACCCUCAAGUACAAGACGUGCCAAAAGCAUGGACGCGACGCCAUUGGUCGAAGGUAAAAAGAAGAGCAACAAAUUUGGGGGGUUUUUGAAGAAGCUUGGAAUCGGCAAGUAA